UUAGUUGAUAUGUUAAGUUUUCAAACCAUAUUUAGCAAUGAAGAGCUAAGAAGUUGAAAGAAAUGGAUUAUUUUUACCUGAAAAAAAAAUUAAACCUAAGUUUAAGUGUUACCCCAAAGAGCAAGCUUUUGUAUAGUGCAAAGACGGGUUUUAUAACGGUAUAUUUACCAAUAUAACAAACUACGAUGUGGAAAAAAAGACUGUUUGUUCAUCUUAUUGACUUUUCUUUAAGACAAUAAAGGUACGAAAGUUGAUUGGAAUGGUAAAUGAAACUUUCAUUGGAUUACCUAGAUAUUUAGGAUCUUACAAAAAUUGUUUAAUAUCAAAAUGUGUUACAUGACGAGAGCAAUGUUUUUCGUUACCGCACUCAUGGUCGGGAUAUUGAUUGGCAGUAACGGACAAACAACAGACCAAGAAACAUGGCCGGAAGAACGUGGCCUGAUUGUUACCACUCUAAAUAGAUAUGGUUGGCGAACUCCGGUUCAGCUUCGGCAUCUACCAGUUCUUCCAGGCCAUGAGAACUACUCUGGUACUGUACCGGGUGUUACCUUUUCCAACAGAAACAUUCAUUUCGUCAGCAUUGAUGUAGACUACAGAACAAAGUGUGUCUAUAUGUAUGAAUACCAUCUAAGAACAAUAGUGGUUGGUACAAACUUUAGCAAAGAUCUUACCGAUAUGAAAUUCCAAAAUAUACAUGUGGGUGUCUCUAGAGGUAACAUUCAAGUAGCAGUUGACUGGCUGUCCCAUACAGUGUACUGGAGUGACUCUAAAUUUCGCUGGAUAGUAGCAGCACCUGGUGAAAGUGAUAAGAUAGAUAUGGAUUAUUACAAGAUAGUUGUUGAUACUCAUCUAGAAGCACCCGACGGAUUAACAAUUGAUCCACUUGAAGGGCUACUGUUUUGGUCGGAUAAUGGAAAACAUCCAAAAAUAGAACGCUCGGAUUUAAAAGGAGACAAUCGUCACACCAUAGUUUCGAAACAUUUGCAGUCACCAUUAACUCUUGAAGCAGACAUAUUUAACAAACGUAUCUAUUGGAUAGAUUCUUUAUCAGAAUCCAUUCUUUCGUCGGCAUAUGAUGGUAAUGACGUCAUAACAAUUCAGAAAAUUCCGAAUUCAGGGCUUUUCGAUUUGGCAAUUUUUAGGGAUGUUGUGUAUAUCAGUGAUAUUCAAAGUGGAUACAUUUAUACUUUGAACACAACCAAAGGUAUCCACCUAGGAAAACAGGAAUCAACUGUGAUCAGAAUAUUUCCUGAAAUAUUCUAUGGUUUAGCAGUCUACUCGGAAGAAAAACAACCAUUGAAAGAAAAAGAUUAUUGUGCCGAGAAGAACUGUGACCAUAUGUGCAUAUCUACCAAAACCGGUGCUGAAUGUGUAUGUACGGAAGGUUUUGAAUUAGAUGUAAAUACUGGAAAAUGUAAAGAGACUUUUGACGGAUACCACAAAGCAAUUGUUGUUUCCAACAAGACACAUAUAUGCUUGACUGACAUUCGCUCGUUUGCUCAGGCCGAUCAUGAGUAUGAUUGCAGAUUUACCAUUGAAACUCAAUAUUCAUUUACAGACUCGCCUUCCAAGUUCAAGAGAAAAAAGAGACAAACGUUUUUAUCAACCCCUCCAGUCGGCAUAACAGAGGAUUUGUUAUCAAGUACAGCAAGGCAGGUAACUUCAGAACCGAAAGUAGUCAGUCCUUCUACACAAAGAUAUACUAGACCUAGGACAUUAUCAAGGUUUAGUCGUUACACUCGUAGAAGAACAACGCCAACAGCAUGGUCGGGGCCAGUUACAAGACCGAUGCUCAAUAAGACUACAAUUUCUCCAGUAACGCAGCGGCCAUCAACAAGAGUGACAACAAACAAACCGAUUGAUUUUAUCAAGAUGUUUGAUAUGGACAUGGUAAAAAGAAUCUUCUUCUUUGCAACAGAGAGUAAUACUAUUUACAGAAGACCAAUUGAUUUGCCAAUAGAAAACGAUAUGAAAGAAGUGAUAGUGUCGGCGUCGGGAAAUAUCAGUGGUUUGGCCUACGAUGCAGAAGAUGGGGAUAACUUAUAUUGGUGUGAAUCGGACAAAGGGGAAGUUUGGGUGGUAAAUGUUGAAACAAAAGCGUCAAGAAUUGUCAACAGAGAUUAUAGCACAUUUGCCGGGGCUCAUAAUCUUGUUAUUAUUUCAAAUCACAGUAUGUUGGCAAUGAUCACUGGAAGUAACAGUUAUAAAUACAUAAAAACGCUUACACUGGACGGGUCACGUGUCAAUACAAUAUCGCAUGGAAUGAGUACAAUUUCAGGUUUAACGUAUGACAAAUCCGAAAAGGUGUUAUACUAUAUAAAUGGAUAUUAUCUGUACAAAGUAUCAAUAAUUACAAAGAAUACAGAUUUUGUGUUCAUGUCUGUUGACGAUGGUGCAUUUGGCCUCAUACUUUAUCAAAACUAUGUGGCUUGGGUACAUCCUGGUGAUUUCUUUGUGACGUCAUAUGACUUGGUGACAGGGUCAAGGACGAGGAAUGGCUAUCUUGGUAACACGUCUAUGGAAAUAGUUGAUAUGAAAGUUUUAGACCAACGUCUUCAGUCGACGAACUACACAAAUCCAUGUGCGUUUGAGGAUGGCGGAUGUUCUCAGAUAUGUAUAACAGCCUAUGUUAAAGAUGUCAUGACACCAGUGUGUGAGUGCCGCCUUGGCUACUUCUUAGACGAUGACAACUUGACGUGUAUCUCGAAUGUUGUAGAUGACAAUUUUAUCAUCGCUGCUGACAUGACAAAUAAUGAGCUACUACAGAUAAGUCUAGAUGAUAAUACAAUCAAUGCCAUUCCAAACCAGGACAAUGAUCAGUAUAAAGGAGUUUUCUUUGACAUAAGUACUCAGAAACUUAUCUGGACAGAAAAUUAUGAUAGUAAAAUGUAUACUUCUAACCUGAAUGGUACGGAAGAACGGGACUUAGCAGAUUUAGGAUUUCAGGGCUAUCUGCGACGAUUGGACAAAGAUAUGACUACCGGAAACAUCUUCUUUACGGCAUUCUAUGACGAUUUUAUUGGAGUAGUUACACCAUCUGGAGAAGCAUUGGUGUUGUUCAAUGUGUAUACAACAACAUUGCUAGGUGACAUAGUGCUUCAUCCUGGAAAAGGUGUUAUGUACUAUACACGUGACUACUACUUUUCAACAUACAUUGGUCGUGCCGACAUGGAUGGCAAAAAUGAAGUUGAGUUAAUAAAGGGACACCAUGUUGAAAAACCAAGUGGUGUGGCGAUAGAUUUUAUUAAUGACCAUUUAUAUUGGUCGGACUCGCAUUACGACACAAUUCAACAAUGUGAUCUGAAUGGAGAGAAUUGUCUAACGAUUAUAAAUAUGACUGGAACAUUCCGUGAUGAGGGGAUACAAGAUAUUGUAACGGACGGCGUUUACCUGUAUUACUCCGCGUAUAGAAAAGACCACAUUGUACGAGUAGAUUUGACGCCACCGUAUGAAAGAGCAAUAGUCGGGCAAAGUCCUGGGAUGGGAAAUCUUGAGUCUAUCGCAUUUUACAGCAGUACGAAUAAAAACAAACAAGCGGUAAGUGUCGCAUGUAGAGCUCGUGGAGGACUGUUCCAAUGUACGGAAUUGCUUCAACAAGUUGUUGAGGUCAAUGGGAUAACAAAAGAGAUAGAUAUAACUUUUAGUAGCCUCUGUCCACGACAUCUUCACGAUGAAUGCAGAUAUAGGUGCCCGACUAAUUUCGUGCCACUUUUUGACACCUUACUAACAUGCACAAAUGUUGGAUGGGAUUUGGAGUCGAAAGCAUUAUGUGAAGAAUCCAGAUGUCCACCGAUUAUUCCAAAUGGAAUGCUCGAUCCUUUCUGUGGACGAGAAAUUGGCUUGCCAUGUGACUUCAAAUGUAACUUGGGUUUUGUAAAGGCAGUACAAAAAAUCGUGUGCACUGCAAAUGGAACGUAUCAAAUUCCGGAUGAAGAAAUAUGCCAAUAUGUGAAGUGCCCGUCACAAGUACCUAACGGAGAAAUAUUUGGUGAGUGUAGUCUACGGGUCGGAGAAGAAUGUUCGUAUCAGUGCAAUAAUGGAUAUAGAUCAACACAUUCGCAACGGAAACUCAAAUGUACGAGUGACGGGUACUGGGAUAUAGCCGAUAUUGCAUGCAGUGAACAAGUUUGUGCCGGCGUUAUUGGGUUCGGGAAGAUUAGUACGGAGUGCAAUAUGACAAUCGGUGAAAAAUGUGACUACAUGUGUUUUGAUGGGUAUAUAGCCACGAGGGAAAAGGCUAUAUGUACGGCGAAUGGAACAUUUCAUAGUCCGGAAAAUGGCCUAUGUACACCUUUCAAAUGUAGUGACAAGAUAGAAAACGGUGAGGUUGAUCAAGGAUGUUCUCGGACGCUAGGACAAGCAUGUUCGUAUAGUUGUAAUACAUAUUUUACACCAGUUGUUAAAGGGAGAAGAGCAGUUUGCAGUCAAGAUGGGUGGAGCCCAAGUUCUUCUACUCUUUGCAUUGAAUCUGUGUGCAGAAAUGGAACUCUGGCAAAUGGAAAUAUUAUAGGAUUGUGCAACGGGAAAGUAGGGGAGAAGUGUAUGGUUCAAUGUAACCCAGGAUUCGCUAACACGACAGAUGAGGCCGUUUGUUUAAAUGACCUCAGUUGGCACCCGAAGGACGUAUGUCAAGCAUUUACAUGUCCUAAUGAAAUUAAGAAUGGUAUGUUGGAGAAAGGGUGUAACAAAACGAUAGGGGCAUCCUGUAAAUACAGCUGUCAUACAUAUUACACCCCGAGUGUCCCUAACAUGCAAACUACUUGCCAAGCAACUGGAUGGGAUCCGGUUUCAUCUGAACUUUGCAUAGAUUCAGCGUGCGACACAGAAAGGAUACCUAAUGGUAAAAUUACUGGAAACUGCCGAGCAAAAAUAGGCGAGAGAUGUCGGUUUGAAUGUGAUAGAAACUUUGUCAAUACAACAGAUGUGAUCGUCUGCCAGAACGAUAGAAAAUGGAGUCCAGCUGCACCAUGUACAGACUUCAAAUGUAGUGAUGGAAUUGAAAAUGGAAAGGUAGACCCAGAUUGCACAGCCAAAGUUGGUACCUCAUGUAAAUAUACCUGUAAUAAAUUCUAUACACCACAAACACAAGACAGUGCGAUUACAUGUCAGAGUAAUGGAUGGAAUAUAAAGUCAUCAGAACUUUGCAAAGAAUCUGUAUGUGAAGAUACUGUCGAGCAUGGGAUAAUAACAGGAACAUGUACUAAGACAAUAGGGGAGGUGUGUGAAUAUAGCUGCGAUGAUGGUUAUGUAAAUACUACGGUAAUGACAGUAUGUAAAAGUGACAAAAAGUGGCACCCGAGAAACCCGUGCAAAAUUAUAAAGUGCCCUGUUUCAAUCUUAAAUGGAGCAAUUUCUGUAUAUUGUCUGCGGACUGUAGGGACGAAAUGUAGCUACAUUUGUAAUGCAGAUUAUAUUUCCAACAAUCUCCACCCUGACAUUAUGUGUGGCAGUAAUGGAAAAUGGGACGUUUCCGACAUUCUUUGUCUUGAAUCAGAAUGCAAAGACAGUUCCCUCCCUAAUGGACGUGUUGAUGGGAAAUGCAAGAAAAAUGUCGGCGAGACUUGUGCAUUUAAGUGUAACUUAGGAUAUGUCAACGUAACGUCUGCUGUUGUCUGUAGAAAUGAUUACAUGUGGCAUCCGAUUCCUUCUUGCUUGCCUUUAACCUGUAAACCAUAUAUUCAAAAUGGCGAAAUUGUUGGGUCGUGCAACUUAUCUAUAGGUGAAACUUGCAAUUUCAUGUGCUUUGAUGGCUUCACACCAACUGAUCAACUUACAGGGAUCACGUGCAAUACAAACGGUCAUUGGAAUGUAACGGAGGACCUCUGCCUUGGCGACGCUAAUAUUGCGACAGUGACUUCCUCACAGACAGGAUUACCUACUGCCGGUGUAGCAGCGGGGAUUGCGUUCUUACUUGUUGUGAUCAUCAUGCUUAUUGGUGCUUUCAUAUUCGUUAUGCGGAGACGAAAAUUAAAUCCACAUAAAGCGAAACUCAAAACAUCAAUUUCUCGUCAUAGGAGGAACCUUGAAUUUGAGAAUCCAGGUUAUUCAAAGAACGCCGACCUUUCAUCUGUCCAGACAACAGAUGUAGACCUUGAUGACCAUGUACAACAAGUAGCAACUGCUAAUAUCAACCGGUCAAACAAUAUAAAAGAAGAAAUAGAAGAGGAACAAGAAGAAGAAUAUAUAAGCCCUUCAUUUGACAAUGAACCUCUCCCCGAUGUCGCCCAAAUAGAGCUGACCAACGAUACGACAAUUCUUACAACUGAUUCAUGGCUUAAAGAAAGAGAAAAGAACCAGUCUGACAGAUACUGAGAACUUUCUGUCAUCAGGUUUAUUAGUUGAUGUACUCCUGAACAGUGAUAUUUCAAUUGUGUGAAUCGACUGGAAAAUUCUUUGAUUAAUAUUAUUGCAAUGCUUAUCUUCAGAAUACCAAGUAUUAAAUGACUCUUACAAUGAUAUGCACGUAUGAUUUGUGAAAAUUUGGUUACUCUCCUAUGUAUUGUGAUGGAUGGUUGUGAUUAUAAAGUUCAUUUUAAAGGCAAUAAAAUGGUAUAAAUUUCGUAAACUAAUAGUUUAAGAAAUAUAUGCCAUUGUUUUGCUUUCAUGAAUUCCGGAUCCAGAUAAAUUUAAACGAAUCAGUUAAGUUGAGAGACCUAAUCUAUUAAAGUAUUCAUUUAGAAUGAUAACAAUAUAUAUUUGUGAUUUAUUUCUCGAUAGGUAUCAAAUACUUUAUGAUCCAUAUUCAUUACGAAUUGUCCUUGUUAAAAGCAUAAAUUGAAGGAACCUUUGUUAAUGGAAUGUUUUUUUGUCAAGUACAUGAUAUGUUGAAUCAGAUCCAAACUGAUGUGUUUUAUUUAAAGAUGAAUUGUAAUCAGAUCUUAUGAAUAAACAUAUGUACAUAUAUCAGAA